UAUUCACUGGGCAGCAGUUAGUACUUGACACAACGCAAGGAAUACCCUAAAAUUUUCUCUUCUGCUGUCCUUUUGCAGAUGGGUAAAGGCAUGUCUUAAGCUUUAUUUCCUGAAAGUAUAUAUUGAUCUAACAGGCAGGCGCAUAUGAUGUCAUAAAGGUCUGCUACUAUGGAUGGAGCCAACGUGCAGAGAGGUCUGCAGAAAGCCUUGAAUGAAUCUUCCUCCAAAGGCAUCAGCAAUGAGGCAGAGCUUGCUCCAACUGACAGUGAUGCAUCAUCCCGAUCAGGUUCACCUGACCAAUGCUGCUCUAUUUGCCUUGGAAAAUUCAAAGACAAAUCCUUUUCCGAUGGCUGCUUUCAUCGGUUCUGUUUCCAGUGUAUUCGAGAAUGGGCCAAGGUGAAGUCAACCUGCCCUCUAUGCAAAACUCCUUUCAAAUCCAUCAUUCACAAUGUAGUUUCAAGUGAUGUCUAUGACCAGUACAUGCUACCACCCACAGAAAAUGGAUCUUUGGAAUUGGAUCAUAAUGGUGCUCGUUUUCGCUACCAUACCACCUUAGCAAAUAACAGAAGGUCUGCAUGGGAGACCAGGAUGGAUCAACUCUUUAGUCGUCAGGCCAGGUUGGCAGAGCGGAUCCACCGUGAAAAUGAGGCCCGCCAGCGCCGCCAACUGAUCUACGCCGCUGGCUUGCGGGUUCAUCAUAUCGCAGCUAAUAGGUUCACAAGGUUCAGGGACACUUCUCCACAGUUUUUCCGUGAGAACCAGGCUGUAACACAUCGUCUUAUCCCAUGGCUUAGGAGAGACCUUGGUGUACUUUUCAAUGGGAAUGACCAACAUGUCAGGUUCAUGACCCAGUACAUUCUAUCACUGCUUCCAAACGUUGACAUUCAAUCAGAGGAAUUCCACAACCACUUGAGGCCAUUCCUCUAUGGACGCACUGAACACUUCAUUCACGAAUUCACCAGCUUUGCAAGAUCACCUCAUGACAUGGACACCUAUGACCAGAUGGCCCAAUAUGACUUUCGUCCUGAGAAUCCUCAAUUCACUGCCACACUCCGACCUCAGCAUCCCCUUGUAGCACAAGAGAAUAGUAGUAGUGAGGAGAGCGAGAACAACCAUUCCAAUAACGAAGUAAUUGUCAUUUCAGAUGAUGAUGACAGUGAGAGCAAUCUGUUGGUCCUACCUGGUGGAAGUUCACAAUCUGCCUCUCUUGGUCAUCACUUACCUGGGCCAUCUUCUUCUACAAGUGUGACUGGUCCAUCUGCAAGUUAUAACCUUGCAGAUACCCAUAACCCUGAGCCACCUGCAAGCCGAGACCUUGAUCAACCUGGCCCUUCUGGUGUUACUCUUUCAGGAAGUCUGCAAAUCAAGCAAGAGCAAGACAGUGCCAGUGCCAGGAAAAAGUCUGACGAUGGUGAGGACAGUAGUGGUAGUGUGGAGAUUGUUGGUUAUCAAAAACCAUUCCAUCUGCGCACUCCUAUUGCUUUCAUAACUAUAUCUGAUGAUUCAUCAGAUGAUCAACAGGAAAAAGGAACAAAAGGAAAGCUAAGUAGAAACAAGGAAAGGUCUGCACCCAAAAGAAACCACAUAGAAGAGAAAGCCGGUGGAAAGAGGAAACAGAAGACAAAGCAUACCAGGAGCUUGCAUGCUUCAAGUAGAGCUGGUACCUGGUCAACAGAUUCAGAUGAAAGUUACUACAACAGAUCCAGACAUGAUGGCUACUACAAAAGACGCAGAGAUACUGUUGAUGACAGAGAUGGCCCUUCUACAUCGCACUAUGAUUCUCGGUACAAAUCUUCAUCGAAGCGCCGGCGUUCCCGCAGUCCAAAUGAGCUUUUCCGUAAAGCAAGAGAAGAGGAAAGCAAGUGGAGUCUGUACUAUGAGACUAGACAUGAUGAUUUUUCUAACUCGAGAUACCGACGAUCAAGAUCAAGAUCCAGGUCUCGUUCAACACACUCAAAAAGGUAUGGAGAAGACGGCAAAUCACUAGACAAUUCCAGAAACCAUCCUAGACCUUUGCGAGAUGAAAGAAGAUGGCGACGAAGCAGGAGCAGGAGUAGGAGUAGAUCAAGAGAGUGGUCCAGGAACAGAUCAAGAUAUUACAGAGAUGAAGACUAUAGAAGAAGCAGAAGUAGGAGUAGAGGGCGUUCCAUGGAUUUCUUCAGUGAUGACAGCAAAUUCAGUUCACGAUAUGGCAGUCGUUAUGGCAGUACUUCUAGCACCUUCAGCAGACUUUCACACCAAGACAGUCACGCUCCACAUUCAUCAAAGAAAGACAAUUCUAGUGCCACUCAUGUGGGUACCUCUAAAGCUUCAAGAUCACCUGUGCUUAAGCAUAGGCUGGAUGAUGAUCAUUCAAGCAAAGAAGGAGAUUCGCAUGUAAGCAAAAGACACAAGCACAAACAAAAGCACCACAAGAAGAAAAGCUCCAAACACAAGCACAAGAGAAGUCGAGACAAGGAUUGUAAAAGUAGAAAGAAAGACAAGCGCAGUCGGCACCAUAGCAGUAGUAGCCAUGUCAGGAAGUCUCAGGAUGAGAAAGAGAAAGCAAUCGUUGAAAGCAUAUCUGACAGUACUGUAGAAGACAAGCAUAAGGCAAAUGACAGAACCUCACAGAGCAGGAUAAGGACUAUGCAUAGCAGUCAUGGUGAAAAUCAGAAUAUCACUUUACAGGAUUUAUUAAACAUGGACGAAAGCAUGACAUUUGACCCAUCCCCAGCAGCAGGAAAUUCUGAUAAAGGAAAUGGAUCCAUGCUAUGAUCAAGAUUAUCAUUUGAUGCACAUCAACUAGCGGAUGUGAACAGGGUGGUGUUUCACAAAAAAGUGACUUUAGUUAUUUAAUUUAUUAUAAUGUAUACAACUGGGAUUAAGUGUGAUUUUUAGUCCCACUUAGAUUUUUGUCCAACACUCUCCAGCAAAAUGAAAUGAUGCAUGUAGAAGUAGAAUAUGAUUGUUACAGAAUUUCUUGACAGUCAGUCCUGGCAGGAACAAAUGGGGACCUUUUCUCUACUUUUUGUUAAGUGUGGUUUUGCUUCGAUUAGCACAUGAAUAAUGUUUUUGCUUUCUCCAACUACUACUGUACAAGACACUCUGUAUGUUUUUUUAAUAAUGAAUGUAUAUUCACUGUGUGUAUAAAGCCAAGAGAAACGAAUGUCUUCCCUGUACAUUAACCUACCCAUGGGCUUGCACAGGAAACAUGAAAAUAAAAAUUCCCAACUAAUGCUGUCCAGAGAGAAUUCACAUUUAAAGAGAAUUCACAAGUAAUAUCCACUGUGGAAACAUUUUGAAAACUAAUGACGAAUUUCAUGUGUAUUGAACAUGAAAUAGAUUAUGUUUACAGUACAUGUAUGCCACCAUUCGUCCCUCAAAAGUUUAUUCUCUACUAAUUUGUCAUUUUUUUAAAUUUCAAAUGCAUCCCAAAUGAAUUAGAUUUUUGGAUAUUUUUUUCCAUUUUGUUGGUAUAAUCUAAUACCUUUCAUUACUUCAUUUACAUGUAUAGUACACAUAUUUGAAUAUAUUGUUUUCAACUUUGUUCAUGUUGAGGCAGGUGGGUGGGGGGGUAUUGAGCACUUUUAGAUGACGUCAUUUUUGGGCCUGCCAUAUGCCCUGGGUUCUCACACACGUCACUGUCAGAAUCGAGAACCUCGCCACAUCCAUUUUGCGUUUCUCCUAAAUCAUAGUCAACGUGCACGUGAGUGACGUCAUUUUAACCGCUCAAGCUCAGCAUGAAUAUCAACCUUUCCCUGUUUUUCAGUGACUUUUCAAAAAAUUAAUGAAAGUUGUACAAUGCAUUAUGUUUAUCAUAUUUGAAAUUGCUUUCUAAUAUCCAAAAUAUGUAUCCUAUUAAACUCGCGUAAAAAGGAAUCAAAG